AUGGAGGAAAAGCGGCUUCUGUGCAGCCAGAUCGGGUCUUACCAGGCGUUUCUCUUUAUUGCAGCGGCUGAUGUUCCCCCGAAAAAGCCCAAGGGUGAACCACAACACGUCCUAUUUGCUGAAAAGCAGCAGAAAAGAAACGCUGGAACAAAACGGAAGAGGGGGAAGGAAUGCGCUGCUUCUCUGGGUGCUGAAUCCCAGGUGUUUAAUCCACAGUGGAGAAUCCACACAGGGAAGAAGCCAGAUAAGUGCUUGCAGGGUGGAAGCAGCUUUGUUUGGAAGAGAGACCUCCCUGGCCACCAGCGUAUCCACACUGGGGAGAAACCUUAUAAAUGCUUGCAGUGUGGAAAGGGCUUUGCUUCGAGUUCAAAACUUACUGUCCAUCAGCGUAUCCACACUGGGGAGAAACCUUAUAAAUGCUUGCAGUGUGGAAAGAGCUUUUCUCAACGUUCAAACCUUACUAUCCAUCAGCGUAUCCACACUGGGGAGAAACCUUAUAAAUGCUUGCAGUGUGGAAAGAGUUUUGCUUAUAAUUCCAUAUUAAUAAUCCAUCAGCGUAUCCACUCUGGGGAAAAACCUUAUAAAUGCUUGGAGUGUGGAAAGGCCUUUGCCUCGAAUUCAGAGCUUAUUGUCCAUCAGCGUGUCCACACUGGGGAGAAACCUUAUAAAUGCUUGCAGUGUGGCAAGAGCUUUGGUCGCAGUUCACAGCUUACUAUCCAUCAGCGUAUCCACACUGGGGAGGAACCUUAUAAAUGCUUGCAUUGUGGAAAGAGCUUUGCUCAGAGUUCAUGUCUUACUAUCCAUCAGCGUAUCCACACUGGGGAGAAACCUUAUAAAUGCUUGCAGUGUGGAAAGGACUUUGCUCAGAGUCUUUUUGUCCAUCAACGUUUCCACACUGGGGAGAAACCUUAUAAAUGCUUGCAGUGUGGAAAGGGCUUUGCUCAAAGUUCUGAUCUUAUUGUCCAUCAGCGUAUCCACUCUGGGGAGAAACCUUAUAAAUGCUUGCAGUGUGGAAAGGGCUUUGCUUCAAGUUCGAAACUUGCUAUCCAUCAACGUUUCCACACUGGGGAAAAACCUUAUAAAUGCUUGGAGUGUGGAAAGGCCUUUGCCUCGAAUUCAGAGCUUAUUGUCCAUCAGCGUGUCCACACUGGGGAGAAACCUUAUAAAUGCUUGCAGUGUGGCAAGAGCUUUGGUCGCAGUUCACAGCUUACUAUCCAUCAGCGUAUCCACACUGGGGAGGAACCUUAUAAAUGCUUGCAUUGUGGAAAGAGCUUUGCUCAGAGUUCAUGUCUUACUAUCCAUCAGCGUAUCCACACUGGGGAGAAACCUUAUAAAUGCUUGCAGUGUGGAAAGGGCUUUGCUUCAAGUUCAAGUCUUAUUGUCCAUCAACGUAUCCACACUGGGGAGAAACCUUAUAAAUGCUUGCAGUGUGCAAAGGGCUUUGCUUCGAGUUCAAGUCUUAUUGUCCAUCAACGUAUCCACACUGGGGAGAAACCUUAUAAAUGCUUGCAGUGUGCAAAGGGCUUUGCUUCGAGUUCACACCUUACUCUCCAUCAGCGUAUCCAUACUGGGGAGAAACCUUAUAAAUGCUUGCAGUGCGGAAAGGGCUUUGCUUCGAGUUCACACCUUACUUUCCAUCAGAAUAUCCACUCUGGGGAGAAACCUUAUAAAUGUUUGCAGUGUGGAAAGGGCUUUGCUUCGAAUUCAAAUCUUAUUGUCCAUCAGCGUAUCCAUACUGGGGAGAAACCUUAUAAAUGCUUGCAGUGUGGAAAGGGCUUUGCUUCGAGUUCGGACCUUACUGUCCAUCACCGUAUACACACUGGGAAGAAACCUUAUAAAGGCUUGCAGUGUGGAAAGGGCUUUGCUUCGAGUUCAAACCUUACUGUCCAUCAGCUUAUCCACGCUGGGGAGAAACCUUAUAAAUGCUUGCAGUAUGGAAAGAGCUUUGCUUUGAGUUCAAACCUUACUGUCCAUCAGCGUAUCCACACUGGGGAGAAACUUUAA